UCUACGUUUAUUGACACGGAGUGAAUCCGGAGUGCCAUAGAUCGACAUCCCACUCGGAGUUACUGCGACGUCUUCCCCCACGGCGUUUCCCGCGCGGGGGGAGAGUAAUAUAUGAUGACGCUGAGAGAAUCAAUUCAUCAGAUAGUCUACACCCAGAAGAAGCUCAAUUGAAUUCUCGGAAUCGACUCUUUCAAACAAACCAGAAUGUCCAAGCCAACAAUCGGAUUCGUCGGCCUCGGAGCCAUGGGCUUCGGCAUGGCCACCAACCUCGUGAAAGAAGGAUAUCCUGUGCACGGGUUCGACGUGUUCGCCGCUUCGGUUGAGCGAUUCAAGAGGGCUGGAGGUAUCCCAGCUGCAUCGUUGCGGGAGUCUGCAGAGGGGAAGGACUAUUAUGUUUGUAUGGUUGCGUCGGCGCCGCAGGUGCAAGAGGUGCUGUUUGGGGAAGAAGGAGUCGUGCAGGCCCUCCCUCGUAAUGCGACCCUGCUCUUAUGCUCGACCGUUCCGGCGCCCUAUGCCCAGUCCGUAUCAGAGCAGCUCGCAUCCCCGAAACACGGUAGAUCCGAUAUCAACUUCAUCGACUGUCCCGUCUCGGGCGGUGCCAAACGUGCCGCUGGUGGAACUCUCUCCAUCAUGGCUGGUGGGUCAGAUACAGCGGUUGCAAAGGGCAAAUUCCUCCUACAGGCCAUGUCGGACAUCAACAAGUUAUACAUCGUUCCCGGCGGCGUGGGAGCGGGAAGUAACAUGAAAAUGGUCCAUCAGGUAUUGGCUGCCAUCCAGAUCCUGGGUGCCAGCGAGGCGAUGGGAUUCGCAGCCAGAUUGGGACUGGACGCGGUGCAGACGCAGAAGGCUAUCAAUGAGUCGGAAGCAUGGACGUGGAUGUUUGAGAACCGGCUUCCCAGGAUGGUCGGGGAACAGUGGGAUCCAAAAGUGAGCGUUAGUGCCGUGACAAUUAUACUGAAGGAUGUAGGAAUCAUCACCGCAUCCGCUCGUUCCCACCAAUUCCCAACUCCCCUUGCCUCAACAGCAGAGCAGAUCUACCUGUCAACCCUCUCCCAGGGCUUAGGUGCACACGACGACUCCAUCAUGGUCCGCCAGUACUACACAGAACCAAUCGCCAAAGUAGUUCCCGCGAAGACGCCAGAGCAAACAGCCGAAGCACUGCAAUUAGUCAAAGACCUCAUGGUAGGCAUCAACCUCUGCGCUGCAGCAGAGGCAAUCGCCUUCGCACGCUAUCUCAAGGUCGAUCUCGACCAGUUCUACGGUCUUGUCACCGAGGCGGCCGGGUCCAGUAGGGUUUUCGCCACGAGUGGUUUGGAGAUGAUCCGGGGUGCUGUCACUACGCAGCUGGAGACGGCUGGUAACGGUAUAGGGGAGAAAUUGGUCAGGGUGACUCAGACUGCGAGGGAUUUGAGCUGUCCGUUGCACUUGGGGAAUGCGGCGUUGAAUGUGCUGUGUGUUGCUAAGAGACGCGGGGGUGUGGUGAAGGUGUUUGAAUGAUGUCUCUUAGUCAGAGUAGUGAUCUUUAGUUAACUACCAUUGAGAAUGCAUGAAAAUGCGGAUAAUUGCUACCGUAUUUCC